AGCGACUGUGGGCUCCUUAAGGAUGCUUCUGCAAACAGCUGAUCACUUGAAGAAAACUGUGGUGUGGCAAAAAUCAGGAAAUCAGGGAGACAAGUGGUUGCUGGUGCAGAGCCAUGUGACCCUGCAGGAAGUCCACCAACUGAUUCUGGAGGCUACGGUGGGGGGAGAGGCGGGAGACAUAGCCAUCGAUGACAUCGCCCUCAGCAGUGGACCAUGUCCGGCCUCUGAUAUGUGCGACUUCGAGGAGGGGAGCUGUAACUGGCAGCAAGAGACCACCGAUGACUUUGACUGGGUCAGACAGUCGGGCUCCACCCACAACCCCAACACUGGGCCCGACAGCGACCACACCACCAACACACCCCGGGGCCAUUACUACUGCCUGCCCUCCUCUAAUGACGACCGCAACGGCCAGAAGGCUAAAAUGUCUUCACCUCUGUACCCUGCAGGAAAAGGAGCUUGUGUGCAGCUGUGGUACCACAUGUAUGGCAGAGACAUGGGGACGCUGAACGUCUACCAGCAUAGUGAAGACGGGAAGCAGACUCUGAUUUUCUCUCAGACGGGAGAUCAAGGCCGGCUGUGGAGGAUCGCUCAGGCAUCACUUCUGCCUCAUGUUCAGCCGUACAGGAUCGUGGUGGAAGGUGUGAAGGCUGGUCCCACCCAGGAGGGAGACAUGGCAUUUGAUGAUGUCCAGCUGACAGACGCUCAGUGUCCUCCUCCGGGACACUGUGACUUUGAGACCAACAUGUGUGGCUGGAGCAACCUGGGAGGAGAAACUGACCAGGGGGACUGGCUCCGCGGCAGAGGAGACUCCCCAAACCCCAACACUGGACCCAGUGUGGACCACACCACCAACUCGAAACACGGUUACUAUUUAUAUGUGGACAGCUCAAUGGGUGAGUGGGGAGACACGUCCUUCCUGAUCAGCGAUGUUUUCCAGCCGUCCACUAGAGGUCACUGUCUGACCUUCUGGUACCACAUGUAUGGCAACCACGUUGGGACUCUCAGGGUUUACAUAAACGACAGAAAAAUGCAUGCUGGAGGAAACGAAGAAGGGAAUCUGACAUGGAUUGAAAACGGAAACAAGGGAGACAAGUGGCAGAAGGCCAAUGUGUCUGUUAAACAUACAGAAGCAUUCUGGUUUGUGUUUGUGUAUCAGAGGGGGAUGAAUGUAGGCGGGGAUGUUGCUCUUGAUGACAUCAUCAUCCUCCCCGGCGGCUGCUACUCUGAGCCCCCCGUUGACCCUCCUGACACUAAUAACGUGAUGUUGUCCGCAGGUCUGGCUGUUGGUCUCACUCUGCUGGUUGGCAUCGUCAUCUCAUUUUUCCUCUUUAUGCUGAACAGGAGGUGUCGCAAAACGAAUGGUCCGACAAUUAUAAAUGACGACGCACUCGACCAGAAUGCUGCAUUUGACCUCUAUGACUGCAAAAUACAAGACACACAACAUGGAACUGAAUCUGACUUUUCCUUCUUCAACAAUCUGUAUAAUACGUCACCACAUGAAAAUGACGCCGCAGUGGCUAUAUCUGAAGCUUAGUUCGGAUUAAUUGACUUCUAUAAACCAUGUAUUAGUUUGUAAAUUCUGCCUGUGUUCUAGGAGAUAUUGAUUUCCAUUAAAACCGUUAUUUAGAAGAUGAAAUGUCGAUGGUAGUCACUGUGGCAUCAUGCUGAGAAGAAUGAAUCAAAGGAUGGAAAUUCAGUUCAAUAAGAAAGUAUCAGUGACUCUUUAGUUUUAUUAAUGACAGCUGGAUUAUUAAUUACUUGAAUGUAGUUAUUGCUUACUUUACAACCCCUUGACUGAAGAUUAGGGAAUAUUCAGAAUACAAACUCAUUUUUAUAAAAUGGAAUUAAACCCUGUGGUAACUCGUUUUAUUUUCGUUGUUGAUUUCUAUUUUACCUAAAGCCUACAGUGUUUAAAAAUAAAAUCUAUAUUUUAAAGAUGUAGUAUUUCUGUUCUGCUGAAGCUGAAGUCACAACUUUUUUUAUGCCUCUGUAGCAGUGGUUACAUUGCCCAGACGCAUAAUGUUCUUCGGCUGUGUUAAAGGUAGAGACAUAUAUACAAGCUAUAUAUUGGAUGUGGCAGUUUUGCACUGUAAACAAAUACAAGUAGAUGUAAAAACUGUGAAUAUUCUGAA